AGGCACGUAGCAGCAGCUGGUAAUCCCGUACGCUGAAGUCGUUAUUCUACCAUUUGCUUCGCUCGUAUCAACAGCCGGGGCUGAAGCUGUCCAGGAAGUCCUAUCGAGGCAAUCUUCGGCUCCUCUGUAGAACCUAUAUUCGUAUGGCGCUCCGCAGUCAAUAAAAGAAGCUGAAAUCUUGCCAAAAUGGGUUUUGCCGCCCAUACAAGUCCCGCGAGCUUACCUGUGGGCCAGAACAUGAGUUGUUGUAACGGUACAUUUGACCCAGCGGACUCUACGAACACUUCCUUCGGGGAGGAACUGUCCUUCCUCCCGCCGCUGCAUCCCGCCACGGUCGUCAUCACUGCCAUUCUUCUCAUCCUCGCCGUUCUGCUUGGCACGGCUGGAAACAUGCUGGUCCUGAUCUCUUUCGUCCGCAACCGAGCUCUGCGAACGGCUACUAACGCCAUGGUGGUCAACUUGUCGGCGGCGGACCUUCUGGCCUGCACCGCCGCAGUGCCGCUAGGGCUGGCGGUGGUGCUGGCGAGCACAGCCAGUACACCCCUACCCAGUCAGCUCUGCCACGUCCAGACCUUCUUCUCCACCCUGUGUAACCUGGUGACGCUAUUGAUGCUAGUGGGGAUCAGCGUGGACAGAUGGCUCAACAUCACAUAUCCCUUCACAAGUUGCGACAGUAAGACCAUCCGAGUGGCGGUGUGCGUAAGCUUCGCCUGGAUCGCCGGCCUAACCGUGGCUGUGGCUGAGGCCGUCUUACCGACCACUUCACACUUCCACGAGCGGUGCCUGGGGCGCGGGGGCGGCCUGGGCCGGCAGACGGACGCCAUCCCGCUGCAGACGUACAGCGUGGUGCCCGUGGGGCUCGUGGCGCUCUUAGUGGUGACGGUCUGCUACGCUCUCAUCGUCAGGGCUGUCAGGAUCCACAUGAAGCGCCGACUGACACGACUUCGCCCACGCCGCCCUGUCAUCUUCGUCCAAGCGGCACCAGAAAACACCGGCCCCGACAACAAGUCCCUGCCGCAGGACUGCAGCGUCGUCAUCGUCCCUGCCACGCCCUCCAUCUUCUCUCCCUCCGCUCUCACCGACAACAGCGCUGCCUUUACGUUUGCCUCUCCCGUCAGUUCCCCUGGCCCGUGUUUCUCGAGCGGAACAUCGUCUCAAAUCACUCUCCAGACGCCCAUAGCCUCCCCGUGUACCUCCCGCCUGCCCUCGCCCGUCCCCCCAGGCCCAAUGACUACCCAUCCAUCCCCCAUCCCUCCCAGCCCUAUGCCUUCUUACUACUCAAGCUCCACUUGCACGCCAAACACAACAUCAUCUCCAUGUAUGCCAGAUACAGACAUAGAAGAACUGACUGAAGAUUCGACGCCCCAACAAGUCCCCAGCAGACAACAUUUUCUGUUCGAUCACGAAAACAUCAUGGCGCACCAACAUGGCCGCCCCGUGCAUGGUCACGAACAAAGGCAUGCUGGGAAAUUCCUGGCCAUCCCCGAAGACCAGGAGGGGGACCGGCCGGUGACGCCUGGGCAUGCGCACGAGUUUCACACGUUCGGAAACUUCCUCUCUGUGCCAACCACAGCCGUAUUUCGAGAAAGGGACAAAAAAUUGCCACAUUCAGCUACAGAGGGAUACGAACUGGAAAACAUGAGCGAAUCCCUCUCGCCCAACGUCGUGCCAAGGACGCAUACGGACAUUCCCAAAUCGCCCAGGCGUUCGUCAAUGUCUGCCCUUCACAGCCACCGCUCCUUCUUCAAGAGAAGAAUCAGCUGGACACACGCCGACAGCUACGACCUGAGUCAGGAGGGCCACGCCCCUGUACCCGGCAUCAGCCAUACCUGCAACCCGGUUGUCGAACAUCCCCCAGCUGUCGACCAUCCCGCCGAGGAGAUCACCCGGCGGAAACUGAGCUGGACAUUGCCUGACCUGACCAAACGAUUCCGUGUGCGGCCAAAUUCCAACGGGGAAGAAGACAAAGGAAAGCCCUCUGAUGACGACAAUGGCACCGCCCCAAAGUCCACAGUCAGUCGGAUCGACUUCCACACAGAAACUGUUCGGUACUAUCGAGACGAUGACACCUCCCUUCCUGACGUCACCUGCCCACCAUCCCUAGAUUUGAACGGACAGAAGUCGCCGCUACCAAGUGCGGACAGGCAGGAGACCGGAGCGGCGUCCAAUACCUCCCGGGACGGUAAAGCACCCUCUGAGGGCUACAGGAGGAGGAGAACGCGCCUCGCUGACCGCUCUCCUAGCCAGAGAAUGCCAGAUGCCAUGGACAAGUCUGCCGCAAUCCGCUCAGUCUACAUCAUCCUGGCGUUCAUCGUUGCCUGGAUACCGUUGCCCGUGGCACUGCUGAUUGAGUACUUCGUGAAGAGCCCUGUGGUGUACAACUUUGAGACGGUUGCCUAUGUACUGAUGCUGAGCACCAGGGUCGUACACCCAUUGCUGUACGCUUGCUUCCACAAAGGCUUCAGAACUGAAUUCCGACGCAGCUUAAGAGGCUUUAAAUGCAAAAAGGAAACAACAUAAACUGAACAACAAUCUUCUGUGAUUUUAAAAAGGUAUAUCAGGAUAUAUCAACCUUCUAAAUCUUUCGGCAAAAAAACUGAAUAUGAAAGUAUAUGAAAAGCUUUUUUCA